AUGGUUCGGACCAUUUUGGAGGCUAGUGGAGAUACUCUCAUGGGAAAGGAUAAGCUUGGGUACGAUCUACUAGCAACUGCACUCACGAUGGGAUAUAUCGAUUUGGCUACUUUACUCAUUCAGAAAGGAGCCAACAACUUGCCCGGGAAAGACGGUAGAUACUCAAACAAAUCAGUACACCUCGCGACACAGCAAGAAAAUGCUGAGUUGGUUCGGUUUUUGUUGGGGCAUGGAGUAUUCAUAAACGUCAUGUCAAGGACUGAUCAGGGCUUGACAUUGCUACAUAUAGCGACGAUGAGAAGGGAAAUGGAUAUUGCAAGGAUUCCUGUGAAGCAUGGUGCCCAGGUAGAUGGUCCGAUAACCGGAUCGGGACGGACAUCACUAUACCUCGCGGCAGCAACCGGAAACCUCGAGUGGGUUCAGUUUCUGGUAGAGAUUGAAGCAGAUCCCAGGUUGAAUGCCGAAAACAGAUUCUGUACACUACAUACCGUGGUGAAAGAGGGAUAUAUGGAUAUCGUCUGGUUUUUGGUGGCCGAAGGUAGGCUGGAUAUCAACGGAGCAACUGACAAUUGGCUCACAUCUCUACACAUGGCAUUGAGGGAUGGACGAAUAGAAAUGGUCAGGUUUCUCCUGGAAAAUAGUGCAAAUCCCAACCUAAAGACAGACCAGGACUAUGGACCGCUGCAUCUUGCUACGCAGAAAGGGUAUAAGGAUCUGGCUCAACUUCUCAUACAGCACGAUGGAUUUGUGUGGGUGGAAGGCACUUCUGGGUGCACACCGUUCGAUGAAGCGGUUAAAUAUUGCUCAAUGGAUAUGGUAGCACUUUUAUACGAGGAAGGAUACUUUCGAGCCCGCUAUGAGCAUAAUGUGAUGGAUACUGACCGCUACACAGGGCCAUAA